GACACAGGUGUAAUGGACCUGGUGAAUGAUAUCAUGUACCAGCCGGUGACAAUCUUCCUGCCGUCAGACGGUGUCAUGGCAUCUCUGCCGCAGGAACAGAAGGACUUCCUGUUCCACCAACACAAUCGACCCCAGCUGAUGGAGUACCUGAAAUACCACAUCCUGCACAGCCAGAAGGUUUACGCUGAAGGACUGAUCUUCCUGGACUCGGCUCGGAGUUUGCAGGGUUCGCCGCUCUCCUUCUCCUGUGGUGGGACAGACAACAUUGGAGAAAUCUUCAUCAACAACAGGAAGUGUCGGAUUGUUCAGAGACACCUCAUCUUUAAAGCGGGCAUUGCCUACGGGAUCGACUGCUUGCUAACUCCUCCCAGCCUCGGAGGACGCUGUGAUGAACAAAGAACCUUUGACCUUCCGACAAGCUGUGGAGGAUGCAGCUUUUCUUCCACUCGCUGUCCUGCGGGAGGCAUUCGUAAGGAGGUUCAGAAGUGUGAUCUGCCCACCUUUUCCUUUGCUAAGAACACCGGCUGUCGCCCCAUCUGCACCUUUAACAUGUGGGAGCCAAAGUGUUGUCGUGGUUACUACGGACGAGACUGUCUGGGGUGUCCUGGGGGGUUCAGAUCUCCCUGCAAUAACCGUGGGAAAUGUGAUGACGGUCAGCUUGGUAACGGUACCUGUACCUGCGACACAGGUUUCAGAGGCACGUCCUGUGAGCUGUGCAGUGAUGGAUUCUAUGGACCCACCUGUAAAGCCUGUAACUGCUCAGAGCAUGGGUCAUGUGACGACGGGUGGAAAGGUACGGGUUUGUGUUUCUGUGAGGCCGGAUGGACCGGAGACCGCUGUGACGUUCAGCAGACUGAGAUCUUUCAAUGUUCUCCAGCCUGCUCUCCAAAAGCCGUCUGUAAGGCAAACAACACCUGUGAGUGCCAGCCUUUUCAUGAGGGUGACGGAUUCACUUGCACAGUGGUGGACAUCUGUCAGAUCUGGAAUGGAGGCUGUGCUAAGGGGGCCAAGUGCUCACAGAAUGGAGGUAAGGUGAGCUGCACCUGUCCCAAAGAUCACACUGGAGACGGGUUCACCUGUCAGCCCAUCGACCCAUGUGCAUUAGGAGACAAUGGAGGCUGCCAUGAACACGCUGUAUGCACCAUGACGGCUCCGGGGAGGAGGAAGUGCAUGUGUAAGAACAAUUACAUCGGAGAUGGAGUGACCUGUGAGGUCAGACAGCUGCCUAUCAGCCGCUGUCUGCAAAACAACGGCCAGUGUCAUCGCGACGCCAAAUGCACCGACCUCCACUUUGAAGAUUCGAUGCUCGGUGUGUUCCACUAUCGUUCCAAGAAAGGUCAGUACAAACUGAACUACACGGCAGCUGAGCAGGCCUGCGCUGCAGAGGGAGGCCGCCUGGCCACGUACACUCAACUGGCCUACGCUCAGCAGGGCGGGCUGAACAUGUGUGCUGCUGGCUGGUUGGACCAGGCCCGGGUGGCGUACCCCACCACCUACUCCAACCCAAAGUGUGGCUUCGGACACGUGGGCAUCGUGGACUACGGCACCCGCAAAAACCUGAGCGAGACCUGGGACACCUUCUGUUACAGGAUGCAAGAGGUGAAGUGCGAGUGCAAACGAGGUUACACUGGGGACGGUUUCAGCUGUACUGGAAAUCUGCUGCAGGUCCUGAGAUCCACGCCGAGCUUCUCAAACUUCCUCACCCAAAUCCUGAACUGCUCCCAGGCUUCCGAGUCGGGGAAGCAGCUCGUGCAGCGUCUCAGUAACCUGACUGUCCAGUCCACUCUCUUCGUACCUGACAACAGCGGCCUGCCCAGCAACCAGACUCUGUCUCUGCGUGACAUCGAGUUCCACCUGUCGGAGGGUCAGGCUUUCCCUCUGAGCCAGCUGAAGAACGGCAGCCGGAUCAGAACUCGAGUCGGCAGUCUGACCGUCCUCGGAGUCGCCGACCAGCUUGACCCGUCGGCUCUGUCGUUUCGUUACAUCAACGACCACUUCGUCAGCGACUCUGACAUUAUGGCUGCCAACGGGAUCAUCCACGUCAUUCAGGGACCCCUAAAGGCCCCGGCCCCUCACCCACAGAUGCAUGUGGCGCACAAAGCUGGGAUGGGCAUCGGCGUGGUGCUGCUGAUCGCGUUGGUGGGCGGAGCCAUCUUUGUGGGAUACCGCUUCUACCGUAACAACACCAAACCCUUCCAGUUCCACUACUUCAAGGAGGAUGACGGGGAGGAAGAAGCUCCGCCCACAAACAGCAGCCGCAACAUCUGUAACCCGGUGUAUGAAGCGGCGCCAGCGGCUGGCGAGUCCAGUGCGUCGGCGGUCACGGUGGACGACAAACACGAGGUGGAGAACGCAGGAAGUUACGACCUGCUGCAGAUCAGCUGAGAGGGAAGUGGAACCUUGGCUGAUGUCUUUACCCCUCGGUGGACUGGGACCUCUGUGGCCAGCUGGGUCUCCGACACUGCCGGUACAGACGAGUCCCGUUUCAGGCUUCUCUCUGUGAACUGAAGGACUGCUUCGCCCAAAACUUAAAGUUCGCCUAGCAGAGUUGGAAACAACACAACAAUGCUUUUCAUUUUCUCUGCAGUCUCUCAUUUAUGAAAUGAUUCCUGUAUAAAAAAUAUUUUACAGCAGAUAUGUUUAAAUUAACAGAUAUAAAUGAAAAACUGCAAAUAAAGCUGAGCUGAAUGGGAAUGCUGUCGUUUCAUGGCCUCCAUCUGCCUGUCAGAGAGUCGUCCUCAUGACUAAAUACACUGAAUCUGGAUACUUUGAUGUAGUGAUGUCACUACACGCACAAACACACACAAGUGCAAUAGGCAGAAAUGUAAAAUAUGAGAAUCUGUGAUGAGUGGAUUAAUUUCCUUGAGUUUUUCUGUGAUUGUCCCAGAAACACUAGGCUGGGUUUGCUGUUCAGGUAAAACAACCAGGUGUGAACCGGCUUCACUGACACAGCCAGGAAGGAACUCAUAGUGGGACUGAACAGAACACUGGUCACUGACGGACCAUUGCCCCCUGCAGGCCACAGCUCGUUACACACUUAAUGUGAAAUGUAAUGUUUUACCCGGUCGGUCAUACGCACAGCGGGCAGACUAGGAGCAGCUGGUUAUAAUCCAGUUUCCCUGCAUGUGCACGUGAAAGGGGCGGUGUUGGCACCAUCUGACUAAUCUACAAGGGGCAUUUCAUAAGUCACAUGACUAUGGCACCUACACCAGAAACAUACCAGUUUAAGUGAGCUGGACACCGUGGGGCCCAUGUGGGUGUGACCACAGUGUCUGCUUGGUGGUUUCUGUUAAUUUUUCUGCACCAAACUUCUUUUACCACAAAGAAAUGUACUUUUUACUUCACUCCUACAUUUGCUUGACAGGUGUAUCUGCUGCCACCUGCUCUUCAGCACAAACUGAUAUUUUCACUCACCCACUCAGAUGGGUACGUGUCAGAUAAUAACACAUACCCAUCACAGUCUGCUUCUCAGUCACAAAUCUGAGAACCACACGAUACAAUAUUAAACACAUUCAGAAGGCUGUGCUUUCAAAACAUACAAACGUGAGUGCUACAAAACUAAUCUGUGUGAAUAAAAAAAUGACCUCAAUAAACAGAGAGCUGAUCAUAGUGUACUUAUGUAGUGAAAAACAAUUACAUUUAUAUAAAAGUGAUCUAUGGUCAGUUUCAUGCGACAUACUG